GCUGUGCUGCCGAGGAAAUUCAGUCAUUACAGACGCGCGCGCUAAGAAGGUUCGUUACAUACGGAUAUUCACUGUUAGCGAGUGAUUCAAAUUUUUCAAAUUCAAAUCUAACCACUGUGUAUUUGAGGAAAAAAAGCUAUAAAAAAUAUUUUACACGUGUAUUUGUGUGUAUUUUCGGGUUUGGCACAGACCAUAGUUAAUCGCCGGUGAUUGAAAUCGAAAGUGUUGCACGCAAUUAAUGACACAUUGAGCUUUGGCUAUAAUUAAAGGUUGCUUUGUUUUGGAUAACUGUGCCGCGUAAAUUGGAAUAAGUUGGAUUUGGAAAAUACCAAAAAUAACGGUUAAAUGUUUAAAACCUUUUAAAGUGGAUUUCGUGAAAUAUUUACUUAAAAAGUGCACAAUUUUAAUGAGCUUUCAAGCUACAUCUGUAUCUACAAAUGACCGACCCAAUUUAGGCUCGCAUUAAAAUGUUUUGAGUGUUUGGCUCACAACAUUAACGAUUGAAGUGAUUUUUAUUGCCAAAAACGGAAACAACAAAAAGGAAACAAACGUAAAACUAAUUUUGUCGUGUGUACGUAAGUGUUUGCCUAAAAUUUAAACUCAGCGGUAAUUGUGUGUUUAGAAGAGUGUUACUAACGGUUAAUUGUAAAGCGCACAAAAAAAUAAGAAUUUUAAACAGCGUGAUCAUUACGAAUUCUCGCAAGCUUACUGUAACAUAAAAAAGUGAUCAUUAGUUUUCAGUGUCAAGCGAGCAACGGAUUUAUUGUCCUCUUGGAAUGCGAUCAAAGUAGUUACAACACAGUUUGACUGAGUUCAUAAUUGUGGCGUUUUCAUUACUGCUCUAAAUAUUUCGGUAAAUUCUACACAAAAGCACUCACAAUGUGGCACUGGCUGGAAAUUGCAUUGAUAUUCCUCAUCUUUCAAGAUUACACACAAAGUUUGCGGCUGGUCGAAGUGCGAAUACCAAAUUACGUGGUUAAGGGUUCAUCAGCACAACUGGAAUGCCUCUACGAUUUGGAUGGCGAAUCGCUGUACUCGGUGAAGUGGUACAAGGACGGCAACGAAUUCUAUCGAUACGUGCCACGAGACAUGCCACCAGCACAAACGUUUCUGCUGCCGGGUGUAUCAGUUGAGCUUCACAACUCCAGCGAUGCUAUAGUUACGCUGCGCAAUGUCAACCUACAGUCGGCGGGUCGUUUCCGUUGCGAAGUUUCCGGUGAAGCGCCUUCUUUUCAAACAGUCACCGAACACGGCGAUAUGGUUGUGGUUUCUUUGCCUGAUCAGGGUCCACCGAAGAUUAGUGGUGCCCGUCCACGCUAUCAAAUUGGCGACUGGGUGCGCAUAAACUGCACAGUUGGUCGCUCAAAGCCUGCUGUUGAACUUUCGUGGUUUGUUAACGGUGAACCAGCUGAGCCGCGCACUUUGCGAAAAUAUCCCUCAGUCCUAUCUGGUCGUGAGGGCUUGGAGACUUCGACUUUGGGCUUGCAGUUUCGUGUUGAACAGCAUCAUUUUCGAAACACCGAUAUGAAACUAAAGUGCGUUGCAUCGCUGUCCACACUGUAUUGGCGCAGCAACGAAGAGUCCGUCGAGGGCGAUCGCCCGCAAAAAGCGCCCGUCUUAGAGUCGCGCGAAACCGUCUACGCCAGCAAUUCGCGCGCCGAUCCAGUGCAAGGUAUGUCACUCCGGGAAAUAUUUGUUACCAAAAUCUUAUCGUUUUUCAUUCAACCAAAUGCAGCCAGCAAAACGGACUCACAUCUAGUGGCGCAUGCGCCCAGUUUGUUGCUGUUGCUACUGGUGGCGACGGCCAUCGCCAGCGGCUGUCUGGAACAGUUGCACAUGUGGCAGCAGUUGUUCGGCAAGCGGCAGCCAACGCUGCGGCUGCAUGAUAAACUAAAGCAACAGCAACAACAACAACUACAACAAAAACGACAAGAUAACGAACAAGGUGUGCAACAACAAAAUGCACAAGCAUCGACGCAUGAGCAGCAGCAACAACAAGGAAAGACGGAGAAGCAAUUAAUGCAAUGGCAGCAGCCGACUGAAAAACGAAUUGUUGGCGGCGAAAUCAAUCAGAUGAUGAGCGCAGAAUACCAAACUAUAAUACCACUGUUUCAGUGGCAGCAACUUCAGCACAGGCAACAACAACAGCACCAAGCAGAGAAUCAAGUGUGUCGACAGCAUUGGCAUGUUAAUGAGAACAAUGAAGGCGUGGCACGACAAUGCAAAAGCGCGCAAGAAUUGAAAUUUGUUAAUUUAUGUGAGGAAAUGCUGCCGGCAUUGACAGCAAUGACAACAUCCGCUACGGCGACAUAUGCCACUUUCGCCGCUGCACGUUGCGGCGCCGUUGCCGCGGAUGGCGAUGUUGUCACAGCUGUCGCCGACGCGGCAUUGCCAAUUAAACGAUUGCUGGCUGUGAGGUAACUGCGCUGCGCAACGGCUGAAGAAGUGUAAGCGAAAUGAAAAGGGGCUACGAACAUAACUGGACUGGACUGUCGUGUCGCAGUGCUGCAGGGUAACGAGGCAUGCAACUGAGAGCUAUUGGCCAAAAAAAAAAUACAACAACAACGGCAAGCGGAAGAAGGACAAAAGUGAAAAGUGUAAAUUUAAUUUCAAUAAAUUCGAAGGACAGCAAUCGAAUGCGACUGCUGCCGAUAACGUUUUGGAUUUCAAAAUUACAGUUACGGCGAUAUAAAAGAGAAAACUCCGUUUGAAACCAAUUUGCGUAAAUUGCAAGCAGUAACUGAAAAUACAUGAAAUUAAUGAUUUAACGCAAAAAAUUGCAAAAAAAAAUUUAUAAAAAUUUAAAAUUAUAAUGUGAACAAUUCAAAUUAAAACUGCAGUCUUGUGUAUGUAUUCGUUGUUUGCGUGUGUCUGUGUGUGUGAAUUUGUUAUUGUGUGUGUAAAAGUCCGUUCGAGCGCAGUUGGAAACAGCGAAAUUACUUACUUAUAAAUAUAACAUGUAUGUGUAAAUAUAAAGCAAAAGCAACUACUGAUUUUUUAAACAAUUUAUUUGAAAAUGUAUGAGAACUUGCAAAAUAGUUGUAAUUCAAUUACCACAAAGUUAGCAUUAGACUCAAUGUCUAGUCUAAAUGAACAAUGAACAUUUACAUACAUAACAUACAAAUUACUGUUAAAUGUAAUUAGCUAGCAAAAAAUGAAAAAUAUAAAUCAAAAUAGAAUCGUUAUAUUUGCUAAGAAAGAAGAGAGUGCAACGAGAUGUAGUCGGAGGCAAUUAAAGAAUUUUACAAGAUAUCUUUAGAAAGAUAAUAUUUUAAUUUUUAAUUAUUUAUAUAUUUUUCAUAGCCGUUAAAACGAAACGAACAUACAACUCGCUUUGAUAAAACAGAUUAGCGGCGCCAACGUCUCUCGAUCGCGUUCUAUGCUGAUCAUUCACAGCAAAAGUUUUCCAGCAUUAGGUUGAAGUUUAGCACCCACGAAGUAUCUCCGACACUUGCGAGUAGUGUUGAGUUUGGUCAAACUGAGCGAGUAGCGAUCGAAAUCGUUGACGCAUAUUAUUUCUUUAUUGCCUAAUUCUACAGCAAUUAUUUUGGAUAAAUUCGACUUUAUUGUUAAAAAAAUAGAUAUAUUUCUGUAUGGUAUAAGAUCUGCAAAAAAUCACCCAGGUCCGCAAAGGCCGUACUGUAUGGAUUAAUUCGCCGAAAAUACUUCCGAAGCUUUAAGACUCCGUUUUAUUAAGAUAUUUCUUUAUACUUUCUAUGCAAUUUGUAGUUAGUUGCUAUUUCAAACAGACUGACAGCAGUUGUGGUGCAACCAUGGCCCUUGACUUGCGAUUUACAUUGCUUUUUAUUUUUUUCUUCACUAGGUUUCGAGCAGAGUCCUUCCCUAAGAUUUCUUUAAACAAUUAAUAUAUGCUUGUAAUUUUUCAAAUAUUGUAAAACUGAAUCUGAUUGUGUUUGACAUCAGUCCAAGAAAUAUAUGAAUGGAAAAUUAAUUGAAAGCUUUCAAGUAUAGAACCUUUUGAGCUUAAAAAUUGCAUUAUUUUUUGUUAAGAUAUAGAUUAUGAUUAAAAAAUGUUUUCUUGGUCUAUAUAGUCAGUAUCUUUAUUCAGUUCCAAAAACUAGUAUUCCGAAUCUUCUGUAUUUGGUUCAGUAUAUUUAUCUCCCAAAAAUUUGCACGAAAACUUCAAAAAUAUUUCGAAUAUACAUAUAUGAUGACAUUAAGAAAAUAGUCCUAUCAAGAAAGACGAUAUCUCAGUUGCACUUCUUGAAAUUCUUGGAUAUUUUAGAAACGACAUUUUUGUAAAUAUUUACAUACAUAUAAGUACAUACAUAUAUACUGUAUUAUAUAUGAAAAUAUUUAAUUUUACACACGAAAGCAUAUACCUAGUAUAUGUAAAUGUGUAUAGCUAAUAAGAAAUUGAUUACAUUUUAGUACUUAGUGUUAAAUGAUCAAAAUCAAACUCCAUUACUGUUGACUAAUGAAAGAAAGUCUUAAACUUCAACACAAACAUAUCGAACAUUUUAUGAAUUGCCAAAGUUUUUACUAAAUAUAAAUAUGCUGAUAGUGAGUAUAAUUACGAUAAUGAUGUUGAGUAGAGUAACAAACAUUUUUUGCCGUGUAACAAUGUAGUGUAUAAUAUAAAUAUUUUUGGAUAAAAAAGUUUAUUUUUCAAAUUUUCUUAUGUAUUUGUGAGGAAAAACUUUAAAAAGGUUGAAUUUUGUAGGCGCGUUGUGUAUUUUAUGCAAUUAUUUCCGACGACUAAGAAACUACUUUCAUAAUUUAAAUAAGGAAGUUUUCUUUACAACAAUAAAAACAUUCCAGGACAUUUGCCAAAUCAACAGUGAUAAGUAAUAUUACACACUUGCAGACAUACAUACACAUACAUCCAUAUGUAUA